ACCCGGCCCCUCCGGCGCCCGCCGCCGAUGCGGCCCGCGCACUUUUAGCCGGGCGGGAGGGCAGGGGAGCCGGGCCGCCGAGAGCCGCGCCGAGAACCGCGCCGAGAGCCGCGCCGACCCGCGCCGAGCAGGGACGCCCGCCUGCGCCGCCCGGCCGCUAUGGAUCUAUUCGACUUUUUCAGGGACUGGGACUUGGAGCAGCAGUGUCACUAUGAACCAGACCGUAGUGCACUUAAAAAAAGGGAAUGGGAGCGGAGGAAUGAAGAAGUCCAGCAAGAAGAUGAUCUCUUUUCUUCAGGCUUUGAUCUUUUUGGGGAGCCCUACAAGGUAGCUGAAUAUACAAACAGAGGUGAUGCACUUGCCAACCGCGUCCAGAACACGCUGGGAAACUAUGAUGAAAUGAAGGAUUUGCUAACUAACCAUUCUAAUCAGAAUCAUCUAGUGGGAAUCCCAAAGAAUUCUGUGCCGCAGCCUCCCAUCAACAAAAAUGAACCAAGCUUUUUUCCAGAACAAAAGAACCGAAUGGUCCCACCUCACCAGGAUAACACUCACCCCUCGGCACCCAUGCCUCCACCUUCUGUCGUGAUACUGAAUUCAACUUUAAUACACAGCAACAGGAAAUCAAAACCUGACUGGCCACGAGAUGGUCACAAUGCUAGCAUCGUCCCAGCCAGCCAGGCCGGCAGUCAGUCAAACAAGAUGCAGCCGUCUACACAGGAGCAGCCCCAAGCCAGACUAGAAGACUUCUUUGUCUACCCAGCUGAACAGCCUCAAGCUGGAGCAGCUGAAGAGUCAAAGCCCUCUGCAAAGGAAGAUAGUAAUCUCAAGUCCAGUGGAGGGGACACCUUCAAAGAAAUCUUUCAAUCCAUGUCACCACAAGAGUCUGAAUUUACAGUGCAAGCACCUGGGUCUCCCCUGGUUGCUUCGUCUUUAUUAGCUCCAAGCAGUGGCCUUUCAGUUCAAAACUUCCCACCGGGGCUUUACUGCAAAACAAGCAUGGGGCAGCAAAAACCAACGGCCUACGUCAGACCCAUGGACGGCCAGGACCAGGUGCCGGACAUCUCACCUACCCUGAAACCGUCCAUUGAAUUCGAGAACAGCUUUGGGAACCUGUCCUUUGGGUCACUCUUGGAUGGAAAGCCCAGCGCUGCCAGUUCGAAGACUAAACUGCCAAAGUUCACAAUUCUCCAAACAAGUGAAGUAAGCCUUCCCAGUGAUCCAAGCUGCGUUGAAGAAAUCUUACGGGAGAUGACCCAUUCCUGGCCUACUCCUCUCACUGCCAUGCACGCUCCUGGAAACCCUGAGCACAGCACAUGCUCCAUCCCAGGACAGGAAUCCCAACACCUGACCCCAGGAUUCACCUUACAAAAGUGGAGUGACCCGACCAGCAGAGCUUCUACGAAGAUGCUUGAGGACGACCUGAAGCUGAGCAGUGACGAAGAUGACCUGGAGUCCGUGAAGACCUUGACCACUCAGUGCACCGCCACGGAGCUCUACCAGGCUGUUGAAAAGGCAAAACCUAAGAAUAAUCCUGUGAACGCCCUCGUGGCCACCCCCCGGGCCCCACCGGUAUUGCAGGCCAGCGGGGGCUCGGGCAGCUCCAGCGACUCCGAGAGCAGCUCCGAGUCAGACUCCGACACCGAAAGCAGCAGCACGGACAGCGAGUCCAACGAGGCGCCCCGGGUGGCCACUCCGGAGCCUGAGCCGCCCUCAACCAACAAGUGGCAGUUGGAUAAAUGGCUUAACAAAGUGACAUCGCAGAACAAGUCAUUGAUUUGUGGCCAAAAUGAAAUAGCCAUGGAGACGAUUUCCGUGCCUCCCCCAGUCAUCCAACCAAUGGACGUCCAGGUCAAAGUGAAGACAAACCCCAGCCAGGUUCUGGCUGAGCCCCAAGACAGGCCUCUCCUUGGUCUCAUCAGGGAGAAGGCCCGUCCACGGCCCACCCAGAAAACUCCAGAAACAAAGGCUUUGAAGCAUAAGUUGUCAGCAACUACUGAGACAGCCUCUCAAAGGACAAUUGGGAAAAAACAGCCCAAAAAGGUUGAGAAGAACACCAGCAUUGAUGAGGGUACCUGGGCCAAACCAAAUAUUACCAGCAGUACCCCCAAAGAAAAGGAAAGUGUGGAGCUUCCUGAGCCACCCAGAGGCCGCAGCAAAGCCACUGCACACAAACCCGUCCCUAGGAAAGAACCAAGACCGAGUGUCCCCUCGGCUGCCGAGAAGAAGAAGUACAGAGGGCCUGGCAAGAUGGUGCCGAAGUCCCGGGAAUUCAUUGAAACGGAUUCAUCUACAUCUGAUUCCAACACAGAUCAGGAGGAGACCCUGCAGAUCAAAGUUCUGCCUCCUGGCGUAGCUCCUGGGGGCAAUCCAGCCAAAUCCAAGGAGACCUGUGGUGCCAGCCUGACCCUCAGCACCUUAAUAGGUAGCAGUGCCAGCAACACCUUGUCCAUCAACAAUGAGGAGCCAGCCUUUUCGCCCAUCCCUGUUGUGCAAACUGAACUUUUGUCCCCUCUACGAGAUCACGAGAAUGUGAAAAAUCUGUGGGUGAAGAUUGACCUUGACUUACUGUCUAGAGUACCUGGCCACAACUCACCACAAGCAGCAGCAGCCAAGCCCGACCACAAGGAGGUCACCUGCAAGCCCAGGCGUCCGACUGCUGCUGCAGCUGCGGAGAAACCUGCCCCUAAGGGCAAGCGUAAGCCCAAGCCAACAGAAUUUGCAGAGAAAAUCCCUGAGAAGAAGCAACGCCUCGAGGAGGCCACCACUAUCUGCCUGCUUCCCCCUUGCAUCUCACCAGCUCCCCCCCACAAGCCCCCCAACACUAAAGAAGGUAAUUCAUCCAGGAGAGCAAAUAGAAGAAAAGAAGAAAAGCUGUUCCCUCCUCCACUUUCCCCACUGCCAGAGGAUCCUCCCCGCCGCAGAAAUGUCAGUGGCAGCAAUGGUCCCUUCAGUCAAGACAAAAACAUCCCUGUGAUGGGACAGAUCACCUCUACCAAAUCUAAGAGGAGUGAAGGAAAAUUCUGUGCUACUUUCAAAGGGAUAUCCGUACAUGAGGGAGACACUCCAAAAAAGGCAGUCUCUGCCACCGUCACUAUCAGUAACACUGGUAUUGCCACUGCCACUGUCACUGCUACCGCCAUUGUCACCGCCACUGUCACAGCCACUGCCACUGCCACAGCCACUACCACAACCACUACCACUACCAUUUCCACCAUCACCUCCACCAUCACUACUGGCCUCAUGGACAGCAGUCACCUGGAGAUGACGUCCUGGGCAGCCCUGCCCCUUCUAUCCAGCAGCACCACCAAUGUCCGGAGACCCAAGCUCACUUUUGAUGACUCGGUUCACAAUGCUGAUUAUUACAUGCAAGAAGCUAAGAAGCUGAAGCACAGAGCUGAUGCGCUGUUUGAGAAAUUUGGCAAAGCCGUGAAUUAUGCAGACGCAGCCCUGUCCUUCACCGAAUGUGGCACUGCGAUGGAGCGCGACCCUCUGGAAGCAAAGUCCCCGUAUACCAUGUACUCCGAGACGGUGGAGCUCCUCAGGUAUGCAAUGAGGCUGAAGAACUUUGCAAGCCCCUUGGCUUCAGAUGGGGACAAAAAGCUGGCAGUAUUAUGCUACCGAUGUCUAUCACUUCUCUACUUGCGGAUGUUUAAACUGAAGAAGGACCAUGCCAUGAAGUACUCCAGAUCACUGAUGGAAUAUUUUAAGCAAAAUGCUUCAAAAGUCGCCCAGAUACCAUCUCCGUGGGUAGGCAAUAGCAAGAACACUCCGUCCCCAGUGUCUCUCAGCAACGUCUCUCCCAUCAAUACGAUGGGCAACUGUAACAACGGCCCGGUCACCAUCCCCCAGCGCAUUCACCACAUGGCCGCCAGCCAUGUCAACAUCACUAGCAACGUGCUACGGGGCUACGAACACUGGGACAUGGCCGACAAACUGACAAGAGAGAACAAAGAAUUCUUUGGUGAUCUGGACACACUGAUGGGGCCUCUGACCCAGCACAGCAGCAUGACCAAUCUUGUCCGCUACGUUCGCCAGGGACUGUGUUGGCUGCGCAUCGACGCCCAUCUGUUGUAGUGGGUGUGCUCCUCCGUCUCCAGCAUCACCACCCAUCACUCUACCUCUACCAGAGCACCAAUGGUCACUGGUGGAACGUCACUCAUUUGGGAAAGUUCUCUUUGAUUAUGUUUGUUUUUAUGCUUCUUUUGAUAUCUGUGAAAAACGGAAGUCACUGUAAGUGGA